AGCGUCAGUAAAAAAUGGCGGCAAUAACAAUGUUCCCUUUCCGGGUUGAACGGGCUCAAACCCGGACGUGCAUAAGAGCGCAGGUCAAGGUGCACAGAGGCAGCCUAUAAAAGCCCCUCGCAGCGACCCACCUGAACAGUUCCUCCAGGUUCACCUGCUCUGCUGCAGCGAGGAAGCAUCAGUAUGAUGGACUCRAUGCGAUGGAUGCUGGCUGUCUGCUUCUACCUGGUGUCAGUGGUCAGAAUGGGUGAUUUUGUGGCGACACCUGACUCUCAGAAAUACACCUGCAGGACGUUCGGCAGCGGCGUCACGCAGCCUUUCGACGGCUCGCCCUUCUACGUGCGCUCCACCUGCAUGUUCACCUUCCUCCGCUUCAGCCACAACCGCGUGGACUGCGACGUCACCGUGCAGCGGGGGGACGGCGGGCUGCUGACGCUGGUGGAGAUCAUCAUCAACAAGGUGAAGACGGUCCUGCGGGACGACGGCAUCCUGGUGGAGAACAACAGAGUCUCUCUUCCGUACGACCAGACUUACCAGCACAUAUUUCAGUACGGCAUCUACACCCGGCUGAAGAGCUCCUUACUUCCUCUUACUGUCACCUGGGAAAAUGUCUCCGGAGGAAUCGACAGGCUUUGGGUGGAGCUGGAGCAGGAUCUCAGCCCCGACUUGACCGGACUGUGUGGGAAACUGGACUUGGCCUCAUUGUCUCCACCACGAACCGUCCAGCAGCUGAUUUUACAGUUUGUCCUUUUUGGGGACACGUGUCAAACUCGAGACGUUGCCAUAGUCUCAAAUCCAGUGUGCCAGCGGUUCAUUUCAGAGGCGCUGGAGUGCCUGUUGUCCAAAGCUCCUCUGUAUAUCCAGCYGUGCCAGCAGAACAUCUACAGCUUCGAGCAGGACACAAACAUCACCUGUGCUUUCUUUAAAGAGGUCGUUGUGAUGUGUGGAAAGAGCAGCCAUAUCUGGGACUCGUGGAGAACCUUGACUAAAUGUGCUCCUCCGACGUGUCCCGGAGACCUGGUUUACAUAGAAGACGGUCCUGCCUUCACUCCCAGCUGCUCCAAUCAAAACUCCAGAACCACCAACCAGGAGAGCACCAGCACCUGUGUCUGCCCACAAGGUAAGGUUCUGAAUGACAGCGCUGAUGGAUACCGGUGUGUGAGUCCGCCCAUGUGUCCCUGCCUCUUCGGGGACCUGACCUACAAAAAUGGUUCUACACGGAGCACCAAGUGUCAGACAUGUCUGUGUAAUGAUGGAACUUGGCAGUGCUCUGAAAACCAGUGCCCCCCCAGAUGCAUCAUUGAAGGCCAGUUUGUAACAACGUACGAUGGCAAACAGUAUGCUGUUCCUGGUAAAUGUGCAUAUAUGGCCUCACAGGGGUUAAACUGGACAAUAAAAAUUGAGUUUUCUGAUAAAGAACCGUCCCUGAAAACCAUAACGUUCCAGAUCUUUCAGGAAAUUUAUACUUUUACAAACAGUCUGGUUAAAAUUGGAGACGAGGAGAUCACAGAGCUUUAUCAGUCUGAUCACGCCCUGGUUUUCUGGCAGUCCUCGAUGUACGUUGAAGUUCACACAACCUUUGGUUUGAAGAUCCAAGUCCAGGUGUUUCCUGAACUGCAGCUGUACGUCACACCGCCGAGCGACCGCACCGACACCAUCUCAGGUCUGUGUGGGAACAGAAACGGCGACACGACGGACGACUUCACCACCAGCAGCGGGAUCGUCGAGAACUCGGCCAAACUUUUCGCUUUGUCCUGGAGUUUGGGGACGUGUGAGGAGAAUAUUCCCAAAACCUGCGUCAACACUGACCGCGAAAUAUUUGCGGAUGAAAAGUGCGACGUGUUGAACAACGCGGCUGGGAUAUUUGCUGCCUGCCACGUCUUCAUCCCAACAGAUCAGUACCACACAGCCUGCAUCCACCGGACCUGUAACUGUGGCGACAACCUGCUGCAGUGUUUGUGUUCUUCUUUGGAAAGCUACGCUAAAGCCUGCGCCGGGCUUGGGGUGGAACUGGGAGACUGGAGGAAGGCCACCAACUGCACUCUUGAAUGUCAGAAGAACCUGGAGUUCUCCUACCAGACUCGGGCCUGUAACCGCACGUGUUUGUCCCUGGCCGGACCGGAUCCUCGCUGCGAGCUGGACGAGGGUCCGGUGGAGGGCUGCGGCUGUCCUGAGGGAACCUACCUGAACCAGGGACUCACCUGCACCCCCAAGGCUCAGUGCAUGUGUCACUACACGGGGGGCGUGACUCCACCGGGGUCUGUAGUCGUYGACGGUCAACAGUGCCUUUGUGAAGAUGGAGAGCUGCGCUGCUCUAAGGACUGUGGUUGCAGAAACGGGACGGUUUGUUUCCGCUGCUCAGAGUUUCCGAUGAACACGGCUCAGAAAACCUGCGACAGUCUCAGCAAGCCGUUGAUUUCCAACGCCACCUGUGUAAGCGGCUGUUUCUGCCCGGAGGACGAGUACGAGGAUCACUACGGUCAAUGUGUCCCCAGGAACAGCUGCACCUGCAUGUACAGCGGCAAAGUGUUUGGUGCCGGAGAGCUCGUCAGAACCAGCUGUAGAACUUGUGUUUGUAACCAGGGCCAGUGGAACUGCACGGAUAAGCUGUGCGUGGGAAAGUGCCAGGUUUAUGGAAACGGGCAUUACCAAACCUUUGACUCUAAGUGGUACCGCUUCGGUGGACACUGUCAGUACACGCUUGUAGAGGAUUACUGUGAAAAUGGAAACGGGACGUUUUCCGUCAGAGUGGAAAGUGUGCCGUGUUGUGAAGAGGCGCUCACCUGUUCCCGCUCCAUCAUCCUGGACCUGCAGGACAAAGUCACCCUGACGCUGAGUGACAUGAAGGUGACCCAACACCCUUACGAGGGUUGGACCGCGGAGCAGGACCCGCUCUACACCACGCACACCGUAGGACUCUACGUCGUCGUCUCGGUGCCGAGCAAAGGCCUGACCCUGAUCUGGGAUAAACAUACGAGGAUCACCAUCGAGCUGCUUCCGCGCUGGAGGAAUAAAGUCUGCGGUCUCUGUGGUAAUUUUGAUUGCAACGAGAUGAACGACCUGCAGAUACGAGGCUCAGCAGUGGUGAGCAGUCCGCUAGCUUUCGGCAACAGCUGGAAGUCUGCAGCUCCUCCUUGCUCCGACGUGACCACUGAGAUAUUUCCCUGUGAGCGAAACUCCUACUGUUGGGCCUGGGCCCAGCGGCGCUGCAUGAUCCUUAUAGGAGACACGUUCAGGGACUGUCACUUCAAGGUGGAUCCAGAGCCCUACUACCAAGCCUGCGUGCAGGAGUCCUGCUCCUGUGAGUUUGAGGGGAAGUUCCUGGGUUUCUGCACGGCUGUGGCAGCCUACGCCGAGGCCUGCAGCGACAAGGACGUGUGCGUCAGCUGGAGGACGCCUGAUCUUUGUCCGGUCUACUGUGAUUACUACAACAAUAAGGACGAGUGUACCUGGCACUACAAAGCCUGUGAACAGAUGCUGAUGUGUGGAAAAAACAAUUUUACUCACAAACUGGAAGGCUGUUACCCAAGAUGUCCCAAAGAGGCGCCGUACUAUGAUGAGAACGUCGGUAAAUGCACUCAGUUGGGAAAUUGCUCCUGUUAUUUCAACAACACGGUUGUUCCACCCGGUGAAACAGUGAUAAUUAACUCAGCUUUGUGCCCCUGUGAAAACGGAACUUUUAAUUGCUCACAACCCACAACUGUGAAGACCUUGGUAACAAUGCARCCUACGACUGAAUCUACAACUCAGCUGACAACAGGAUACACUCGGUCAACUGCUCAGCCAACAACACCAAAAUGUAUCUGCACUGAUUUAAGAAGGGGACUGACCUGGUCCUGUGGCGAUAUGUGGACAGAGGACUGCUUCCAUAAGACCUGCGUAGAUGGGAGAAUACAGCUGACCUCGGUGGUUUGUCCACAGUCUGUUGUUCCUUCCUGUCCCAGAAAUCAGGUCACCAAAAUCACGGACGGAUGCUGUGAAACGCUGACGUGCAACUGUCGCUGCGACCUGUACGGAGACCCGCACUACAUCACUUUCCAAGGCCUGGCAUUCGAUUUCCUGGAAGAGUGCACCUACGUUCUGGUAGAGGAGCGGUCGCCACGCUACCACCUGACCAUCGCCGUGGACAACUUCUACUGCUUGUCGGGCGUACUGGGCAGCUGCGUCAGAGGCGUCAUCCUCAAAUACCAGAACAGCACAGCUACGCUCUAUACCACGGAGUCCUUCACAAUAGAGGCCAAACUGAACAACRCGGCCGUACAACCGCCGUUCGAAAAGGACGGGCUGAGGUUUGAAACCACCGGUUUUGUGGCGUUCAUCUCCAUUGCAGAGAUCCGCUCCUUCGUUUCUCUGUCGCCGUCCUUCAACCUGGUGGUCAAUCUCGCCAUGGAGCACUUCGUGAACAACACCCAGGGACAGUGUGGUGUGUGCGGCGGCGCUUCCUGUGUCCGUAAAGGAGGGCAGAUMGAAGACGACACCUGCUGCGAGAAGACGGCUUUCGACUGGCUGUACGACGACCCCUCCAAGCCAAACUGCUCCUCCGCCCCAACGAACGUGUCCUGCCAUUCUGUGCUCAGCACUCAAUCGCCCCCAACGUGUCUGCCCAACCCGUUCUGUGACCUGCUGGACCACUCGGUGUUUUCAAACUGCAGCAAGGUCGUGGAUCUGGAGACAAAGAAGAAGAAUUGUAAGUUCGAUUCGUGCACCAACCCAAACGCUUCCUGCUUCGCUCUGACUCAAGCUGCAGAGGAGUGCAAAAGUGUCGGUUUCUGCRUCGACUGGAGAGGACUGACGGCUGGAGUCUGUGAUGUCUCCUGUCCAGAUGGUCUGGUUUACAAGGAAUGCCAAAAGAAUAUCGGCGACUACUGCUUGGGCGGAGUUCGUUAUCCAGGAACAAACCUCGAUAAGAAAAGCGCCGGUUGUUUCUGUCCUCCUGGUCUCAUCCGAGCAGGAACCCACUCGGACGUCUGCGUGGGAAAAUGCAACUACUGUAAAGGACCACUCGGAGAACCCAAACUACCGGGUGAGGUGUGGGAGUCUGAGUGCCACGUGUGCACAUGUAACAACCAGACCUCGACCGAGGAGUGCGUGCCAAAACCCACCCAGCCGACUCCGAUAUGCUCCGCCGGGACCGUUUUGGUAAACACCACUUGCUGUGGUGAUCCGAUUUGUGUUGAAAAGACCUGCAGUUAUCCUGGACAGACCUUCAAAGUGGGAGAGCAGUGGAAAGAUGCUGCUCAGCCCUGCUUGUCCUUCACCUGCACCACCGAGGGAGUUCAGACUGAAAGAAGAGUCUGUCCCUCAGAAAGCUGCUCGGAGGAGGACAGAGUUUGGGACGAUCAGCACUGCUGCUUCUCCUGUAAUUAUUCCUGCGCUCCCAAAAUAUUCACGCUGAACRUCACCGUUCAGAGCUGCAGAGCCGUCUUGCAGAUACCCGUGUGUCAGGGUCUGUGUUCAACGCAGCCCAGCGUGACAAUAAGCAACGACAUCCAGGUUCAUCAGGAGCACAGCUGCUGUCAGGCGCAGAGCUCGGAGAGGAGAUUCAUGGCGCUGAAGUGCUUCGACCUCAUCAGCAGGCAGUACGAGUACGGUUACAUCACCAGCUCUCCCUGUCCUGACGUCCCGUCCUGUUCUUGUCAAACAGAUGAGCUCGGACGUUUCCCAGGUAAUCAAACUCCUGGUUAUUUUCUGUUUCCUCAGCUUCUUUGUGUUUGAGUGAUUGAUUUAUUUUCAGUUGGUGCCUAAAGGUGAAGGCUGUCAUGAUAUAACCUGGCACGGUCAAACUUUGACUCCUCUUGUUUAU